AAGAAGCAUAUCUGAUUCUUUCUCAUGCAACUUUAUCUAAUCCCAAAUCUAGCUCCAUCCCUUCCACCUUUUAUAUCAAUGCUUUUCUCCGGCCACUUUCACCGGCUUCUGUUGUUCUGCUGUUCUUAUUCGGACGGGAAUUUCUCGUCCUCUUGCUUCUGUUUCCUUUGCUUUGGUUCUCGCUCCCGUCCAAGGAAACCCUAGUCCCCACCGCCCCGCUUGGGUUCUCUGACAGCUUGAGUUCUCGGAUUCCUUGUUCUUUGGAAGCGCCGCUUCGAGACUCAUCAUCAGUGGUUUUGGAAACCUAAACAUAGUCCCUGCUGGAACUUUGCUCGUGACAUUAGGUUUGUCUAGCUCUCACAAGCUGGUUCAUGCCACUGUUUUACAAGCUAGCGUCUCUGUCUACAUGCUGGAUUCUUCUAGUACCAGAUCCCCCCAGAUGGGAAAUUCUAUGGUUGCCUCAAGUCCUAUUUUCAUCUGAAUUAUGGGCUGAAACAAGUUAGCAGCUGGCCACAAUCAUGUCAUGGGCUUGUUGGAUUUCUUUCAUGCAGUAAAGAACAUUGGUUGCUUUGAUCAUGUCUAAUGACAGCAGUUUUUGCGAAUCAUCGGUUGUAGCCUAAUCUCAGCAAUUGUCUCUGUAGUUCUUCUCUCUAAUUAUUUGGAAAUGGACCGUCAUGAUACCUCAGGAUUUGUUAGUGGAGGAGGCAAUUACUUCAUGGUCCUCUGACCUCUGUUUUAAUUCUUGUUAACUACUAAGUCCCAGAAGUCAGGCUAAACUGUUGGUUGAGAUUGGAGUUCUUUCCUUAAAUAGUGGCAAUGGAUAACAGAUUUGGGUUCUCUGGACUUCCUGUCAAUGCCUCAUCUAUAAAUUCUUCCAUAUGUUGGAGCAGAGCUGGAUCAGGGGCUGAAUAUCAUGCAGACACCACAUUGUGCCUUGAUUCCCCCGGCACCUCCAGUGUCUAUUUUAACUUGAAGGGAAAAAAGAGGAAGUGGGAUGAUAUUGAUGGAACUGAAGUUCCGAAAAAUGCUUCGCUGUCCCUAAGUUUAGGGUGUUCUACAAUUUUGUCAGACAGCAGCAAGAGGAGCUCAACAACUGCCUGUAUGAUGUCUUCGCCCAAGGAAACUGAUGAUGAGUCUUCCAUGGCUUUGGGCCUAAGUUUUCAUCUUAAUCUUGGCAAUGAAAAUGCACCGAGCCAACAGAAACCUGCUAUUGCCGCUCCAAAGGAUCCUAAGAUUGACCUUCAGCUAAGUCUUUCAGUAGGGCCAUCUCAAUCUGUUAUUACUAAUAGCUCUCCAUGUUCAGCCCAACAUCCAGAUAUCUUGGAUGGAUCAGUAAUGGUUGGUUCAACGCCAACUGUUGAUGAAGGAUCAACAUCAUCUCGGUGGAAACAUGGGAAUAAUUUACUACCAUAUCUAUCUGCCCCUGAGAAAAAUGGCAGAUUUUUUUCGAACCAAACAGUUCCUGGGGAAUCUUCUUCAGUUCCAGUGCUCGAUCUCUCAUCUAUGUUGACCAAAAUGCUGAAAAGUCCGGUUGCCUCUACUUCCGGGAUUGCUCACCCAGAGCAGCAUAGCAGCAGCACAAAAAACUGUCGCUUCCAGGGAUGUGGAAAAGGGGCCAGAGGUGCUUCUGGGCUAUGCAUAGCCCAUGGUGGUGGGCGCAGGUGCCAGAGAACUGGUUGCCACAAGGGAGCCGAGGGCAGGACCAUCUACUGCAAAGCCCAUGGAGGUGGCCGCCGAUGCCAGUACCUGGGCUGCACAAGGAGUGCUGAAGGCCGAACUGAUUACUGCAUUGCUCAUGGUGGUGGUCGCCGUUGCAGCCAUGAAGGCUGUACUCGAGCUGCGAGGGGAAAAUCUGGUCUAUGCAUCAGGCAUGGUGGUGGCAAGAGGUGCCAGAGGGAGAAUUGCACCAAGAGUGCAGAAGGUCAAUCUGGUCUGUGCAUCUCCCAUGGGGGUGGCCGUCGCUGCCAAUAUCCACAAUGCACUAAGGGUGCACAGGGCAGCACAAUGUUUUGCAAGGCACAUGGUGGAGGUAAAAGGUGUACAUUUCCAGGCUGCACCAGGGGAGCUGAAGGAAGCACACUCUUCUGUAAGGGGCAUGGUGGAGGAAAACGUUGUGCAUUCCAGGGUGGUUGUUCAAAGAGCGUGCAUGGUGGGACUCAGUUCUGUGUUGCCCAUGGUGGGGGAAAGAGGUGUGCGGCACCAGAGUGCACUAAGAGUGCUAGAGGGCGGACUGAUUUCUGUGUUCGUCAUGGUGGGGGAAAGCGCUGCAAGUUUGAGGGUUGUGUGAAGAGUGCUCAGGGGAGCACUGAUUUCUGCAAGGCACAUGGGGGUGGUAAGCGCUGCGCUUGGGGCCAAGCAGGGUCAGUUUUUGGAGCUGGCAGCCCCCCUUGUGAUCACUUUGCCAGGGGCAAAAUUGGGCUCUGUGCUGCGCACACUGCCCAGAUUGAAGACCAUCAAAUUCACGGGGGCCACAUAUUGGGAGCAGUCACUGCCCAGUACCCAGCACCCAGCAAAUCCGAGAAGAUGAAAGAGGUCGUUGUUGAUCAAGAUAUGUUCUCCAAGAUGGGAGCUGGCAGGGAAAGUCAACUGAGUUGGAGCAGGCUUGAUCAGAGGACACUGAUGCACCCUGCAUACCCUCUCCAUUCUGGGGUAAUUUCUCUUCCAGAAGGUAGGGUGCAUGGUGGGAGAUUAAUGGUGGUGCUGUCUAGUAAUGCAGGUCUUGCGAGCCACUCUGGAAGCCAAGUUGAGGGUGGUAAUUCUGAGCAGGGUGUACCAUCUACUUCUGUUCCCAAGUGGCUGUAAAGACAAAGCAGUGAGAUCCCUCUGUUCCAUCCGUUGCUCUGUUUGAUUUGGUUCUGGCAUAGUGCGCUUUCUUCCCUGUGCUUGGGUUUUUCCUCCUUAAGUGAUUCAUGUGAAAAUGAGGAAAUCAAGCUUUUCUCAUUCCUUGCUUGUAUUGCCUAGGACUUGUAUGUAAUUCAAUUGAUGCCCCUUUGUGAGAUAAAUAUGGGGAAAAGAAAGCUUGGUCAAAGCUUUUAAGGUGUUUUAGUGUAGCCAUCAAAAUUUGUGUUUCAGACAUUAGUGUUGGAACGGCGGUUUUCUUCUUUACAAAUUGUAUAUGCAGUUCUGGGGGUACAUAAUCAACUUUUCAGGUGCUAUAUGUUAAAAUAUAUUGAAAUAAUAAAAUUGUUACUUGUCUGUGACUA